AUGCGAGAGCUGACCGCAUCAUUCCCAUCGCGAACACCGAAUGCGUCCAAACGUCGAACUAGAGCGAGAGUAAAGUCAACUUUAAAUGGGAAAACAAACUCUGCUCCGCGUGGCUUCUUGGUAUUUUCUACUAGAACAUCUGAAGAACGACCUCAGCCAAGUACGACGGAGUUCCUCAUCACCGUCCUACUGACCGAACAGACCCGAGUGUUUUACGGUGACCAUGAGUGUCAAAGAGCAACUUUUAUGCAGCUGACCGCGCCGAGGAAAGCAGUCUCAUCGAACAAAGAACUACGGCGCGGGCCGGAGGAUUGGAAGGAGCGACUGGCACAUCUCUCGCUUUACUUCAUUAAACCGUUCAGUACUGUUUUGAGUCGUGGGAUCAGAUCGCCGUAUCCUUACUCGCUCAUGCGGUGCAUCCUGCUUUUGUCAGUUCUUGCCGCGUACGCUGCUGCGCAAAUCAAGAUAUGUCCGCUUGGGGGACCUAUCUUUCCGGCUGCGCAGAGGCCAGGCGAAAGUGCGGCUAUGAAGCAGGCUACUCACAACUUCACAGAGUCACUGCACGAAAUCCUGUACCCUGCAAAUGCCUCUUUGCCUACGGCCAUAGACCAAGACCUGACCUCGUUCGCGGUUCAAGUUUACAGUGCGCGAGACUCAAAACCACUGCUUGAAUAUUACCACACAGCAACAUCGGCGCGAAACAAUAUUCUUGGGGUUAACCGCAUUGAUGGAGAUACUGUGUUUCGAAUCGGCAGUUGUUCGAAGAUAUGGACAGUUCUGCUGCUUCUGAUGGAAACUGGCGAGGCAUUGCUCCAUGAGCCGGUGCGGAAGUAUUUCCCAGAGGUGGAACACGCUAUCGAAGUGCUAGACAGUGGUCUGAACGAAAUCGAUCAUGUCCACUGGGAAGAUGUGACCAUUGGAGAUCUUGUCAGCCAUACGGCCGGGUUGGAGAGAUCAUAUGGUCUCGGUGAUCACGCUGCGACUACUGCUCUUAUGGAGCAACUCGGAUUCCCAUCCUUGCAGCAGAAGGAAGUCCUGGAGUGCGGUAGGAGGUCUCCAGUAAAGACGGCUGUCCGUUCUAAGGCGGAUCUAGAAUUCUUCAGGGGGAUGAUGAGCAGACAUCCAGUUGUGCCUGUCUCGUCAAUGCCGAUAUACUCCAACGAUGGGUUUGUGGUGCUGGGGUACCUACUCGAAAUGUUGACGGGCCAGAGCUACGAAAAACUCCUUGAGGAGCGCUUAAUCGAACGCCUCAAUCUGACGCGGUCUUCAUCCAACAAACCCACGAACGAUCAGGGAAUAAUACCAGGGCUCCCAAACAUAACCGUCUGGGAUACUGACCUAGGUAACAUAAUUCCGACCGGAGGAAUCUAUUCCUCAACGAAGGACAUGAGCGUUCUGGGCCGCGCCAUCCUCAACAGCGAACUCCUAUCCCCUACGCUAACUAGAAAAUGGCUAAAACCAAGGGCUCACACUGCUGAUCCGGCCUUCUCAGUCGGUGCCCCGUGGGAAAUAUUUACUCUGAGCGAGCCGCGAAUGAUCGACCUCUACACGAAAUCUGGAGACCUCGGUAGCUACUCGUCAAUGAUGGGCCUCUCUCCUGAACACGAUGUCGGGUUCACGGUCCUGGCCGCCGGACAGGGGACACACAACGCCGUAUGGGCGCUAGGCGACCUUAUUUCGACGACUGUAAUCGCUGCUCUUGACGCGGCCGGCAAGGAGGAAGCACACCCCCGAUUUGCGGGAACAUAUACCUCAGGGGACGACGCCUUAACGAUCAUAACCGACGAUGGUCCCGGUCUAAAGGUUACAGAAUGGCGAAGUAACGGGAAGGAUCUGAUGAAAUCAAUGAAUAUGUUGCAAUGGGGAGGCCCGUACGAGGAUAUCGAUGUCCGGCUGUAUCCAACUGGACUGAGGAGCCCAGCUCAAUGUGGACGGAGCUCUGAGAACUUGGUCUCGUUCCGCAGUGUCGUUUCCCAUCCAAUCCCAGUUGGAGCAGGGCCUAUGACAAGGACUUGCCUAACGUGGUUGACGGUUGACGGACAGGUUUACGGCUCGGUUGGGAUAGACGAGUUUGUGUUUCACGUUGGUGAGAAUGGCAAAGCCGUUCGAGUGUCGCCGCGGGGUUUACGGACAUCUUUGGACAGGGUCAGGCAAUGA